UGUACGCUAUAAGCGGAGGGAGCUGUCCUGGUGCUGAAAACAGUCCAUAAACUAGGAGCGGAUGGAUAUAACCAAUAUCAUGCUUUAGGUUGCCUCAGACACAGGAAACAUUUCAAAUAUGGCUGAUAAAACUUCCUGGCUUGGAAUAGUUUUGCCUCUUGCCCAACUUUUUGUGCUAAUCUUUUAUGCCAAUGCUGCUUCGUUGCAAAAUUUUCAAAACAUUCAAAACGAUGCAGACUAUCUAAUGAAAAAUCUGCAAAAGCUUCCAAGCCCAGAUAUGAUCAAAGCUCUGGAAUACAUAGAAAACCUAAGAAAACAAACAAGAAAUAUAGAAACAAGCCCAGAUUAUAACUCCUAUCAAAGUCCCCCAUUUGUUCUACAGUCAAAAGAAAGCAAAGACCAACACUAUUUACCUGACAGCCUAAGACAGUCCUUCCCAGAAGAUGAUUCACAGUGGGUUAAGGCAAUGUUGGAAGCUCUAAGACAAAGAGAGAAAGAAUCAAAAGUUGUCUCAAAAGAAAAUAAACUCAGUCCCCUGAGUUCAGACAAUAUCUUUCUAGAUGGAAUGAUGGAUGAUUAUGAUGAUCGUACUUGGCUUGCUACAACACAUAAACAUUCUAACAUGCCACAUACAUACUUUGAAGAAAAUUCAAGAGAUAGUCCUUAUAAAAGAACAAAUGAAAUAGUGGAAGAACAGUAUACACCCCAAAGUCUUGCCACUUUAGAAUCUGUAUUUCAGGAGCUGGGGAAGAUUAUGGGGCCACAUAAUCUAAACAAAGAAAGGUUUAAUGGGGAACAGAAGCUAUAUGCUGAUGAGGAAGAUGAUGCUUUUAAAGGAAAUAACAUUGCCUAUGAAGAUGUGGUUGGAGGAGAGGACUGGAAUCCAAUAGAGGAAAAAGUGGAAAGUCAGACUCAAGAAGAAGUAAGAGAUAGUAAAGAACAAAUUGAGAAAAACGAAGAGAUUAAUGAUGAAAUAAAGAGAGCAGGUGCCCUGGACAAUUACAUGAAAAAAGAGAAUAAAAAUCAAGUCCUGGAAGAUGUUUCACAGCUGAUGGAUUAUUAUUUGAAAAAGAUGAUGAACAGACCAGCAGGUGACAAGUUAGGGAUCAACCAAAAUGAAGACAAAAGGGCAGCCAAAUAUUUUGAAAAACAGCUUGAUCCUCAGGCAGUCUAUCAGUUGAUAGAAAUCUCAAGAAAUUUACAGAUCCCACCUGAGGAUUUAAUUGAAAUGUUGAAAUCUGAAGAUAAACAUCAGAAUGAAAAGGAACAAGAACCUGAACUGACUGAAGAUAUUGAUGAAAUCCCUGAAAUUAAUUUAGAAAAGUCAGACCUAUUCAAAAAUAAGAUGAACUUACAUGGUUAUCAAAAGCAAAGACUUAACUUUGUGCCAGAUAAUCUGCCAGAAGACCUCAGUGUUGAAGACAUUAUCAAUCUUUUAGGGAUAGAAAAUGUUGCUAAUCAAAAAAACCCUUAUCCUGGAUAUCAAAUAAAUCAAGAAAAUGGUUUGCCAAAAUGGUACCUGCCUGCAAGAUCUAAUCAAAAUAUACUUUCCAAAGUGGCUCAGCUUAACCGUUUAGAAAGGCAAAUGGAACAAGAAUCACUGAAUGGAAAGGAAGAAGAGUUGUCAGAUUAUUUAGCCAAGAUGUUGUCAAAGUAUCCUGAAGUUAUCAAUACAGGUCAGAACAAAGAAAUUCCACUUGCAGUUUCAUCUGAGGAUGACCAUCUAGACCAAAUAGGAACUCAUGAAUCAGAUCAAUUCACUUUACUCAGCAAAAGGCUGCCAAUGGCUAAGGAGAAUGAUGACACACAGAACAGACCAUAUAUGGAUGAAGAUAUGCUAGCAAAAGUUCUGGAAUAUCUAAACCAGGAGAAGUCUGAAAAGGGGAGAGAACACAUUACCAAAAGGGCAAUGGAAAAUAUGUAGUUGUUUAAAUAUUAUUUCUCCUCAUUGGAUUAAGUUCUACCCCAAUUCAGUUGUGAUUUAGUUUUCUUUAAGAAUUUGAGGCAUGUUCAGGCAUUUUACUUAGCUGCUUUUUGCCCACAAGAAUUCUGGCACCCCCUUUUUCAUGAGUAAUAUUACUUGUAUGAAAGAGACGCUCAUGGACCUCAGCUAUAGAUGCUCCUGUAGUCUCUGCAUGUGGUUUUGAACAUUAGUGAUUGCAGGGACUUCCACAGGUGAGAUCUGUGAGCUCCCAGCAAAUGCUCUAUACUGCUUGUGAAAAUGAUUGUGCCCAGAUGAUUCCUUCAGGUGCAAAAGUGGUUUGGUUUUGUGUCUCAAAUGGUCAUAGUGAUGGAUGAUUUGGCACUGAACAGUCUGUAUAAACUCCUCUGAGCUGUUCUGUUGUUUAUGAGUAUCUUUAAAUGUUCAAAAUUUUGGUCAAAUAACAAAUUGCUUCAAUUUUUUUAAGAAACAAUUUUAUGAAAUAAAAUGAAAACUGUCAAAUGGUAAAUCUUGAGAGGUCUUGAUAAAAGCAGAUUGACCACCAAAACAGAGGUUUUUUAAAUGAAUUGAAAUAUUUUGUUAUUGUCUGUAGUGUAUUUUGUGGAGUACCAAAUAAAAAAUAAAGCAUUCAUAUACAUAUAAAUAUAUAUAUAUAUAUAGUUUUAUUUACAAAGCUUUUUCUAUUCUGUGUUUUAAGGUCAAUGAAUAAAUAUUA